AUGGAGAAGAAGGGCGCGAUUCUUAUGAACCGGUACGAGCUCGGGCGGCUUCUCGGGCAGGGCACGUUCGCGAAGGUGUAUCAUGCGCGGAACCUCACGUCGAGCCAGAGCGUGGCGGUUAAGAUAAUCGACAAGGAGAAGGUUCUCCGUGUCGGAAUGAUUGAUCAGAUCAAGCGUGAGAUCUCCGUUAUGCGGCUUGUGCGCCACCCGAACAUCGUCCAGCUCUACGAGGUCAUGGCCAGCAAGACGAAGAUCUACUUUGUCAUGGAGUAUGUGCGGGGCGGCGAGCUAUUCAAUAAGGUCGCAAAGGGACGGCUCAAGGAGGACGCGGCGAGGAAGUACUUCCAGCAGCUGACUGGGGCCGUCGACUUCUGCCAUAGUCGGGGGGUCUACCACCGUGAUCUCAAGCCAGAGAACCUUCUUCUCGAUGAGAAUGGGAGCCUCAAGGUGUCGGAUUUCGGGUUGAGCGCCUUUAAAGAGUCUCAGCGGCAAGACGGGCUUCUGCACACCACGUGUGGCACGCCGGCGUACGUAGCGCCGGAGAUUAUCAAUAAGAAAGGCUACGACGGGGCCAAGGCCGAUAUAUGGUCGUGCGGGGUGAUACUCUUCGUUCUCCUCGCCGGGUUUCUGCCGUUCCACGACUCGAACUUGAUGGAAAUGUAUAGGAAGAUCAGCAAAGGAGAGUUCAGGUGCCCGCAGUGGUUCUCGACGGAGGUGCGAAGGCUUCUUGCCAAGCUACUCGACCCUAACCCUAGCACGCGGAUCACCAUCGAGAAGUUGGUCGAGAGCCCGUGGUUCAGGAAGGGGUUCAAGCCGGCAGAGAUGCUUGCGCAUCCCGCAGGCUCAACCAGCCUGAGAGAUGUGCAAGCGGCAUUCAAAGCAGAUUUGGAAGAAGAGAAGGAGGACGGAAGGAAAGACGAAGUGAAGGACACGAUGCGGCCGACUUGCUUGAACGCGUUCGAUAUCAUAUCGCUUUCUCCGGGGUUCGACCUAUCAGGCUUGUUCGAGAGAGACAAAGGGCAGAAGCCGGAGGCACGGUUCAUGAGCCAGAAGCCAGCCUCAGCCAUCGUGUCGAAGCUGGAGGAGAUUGCGGAGACGGAGCACCGGUUCAAAGUGAAGAAGAAGGACGGAAUGGUGAAGCUGCAAGGGUGCAGGGAAGGGCGGAAGGGGCAGCUCGCUAUCGACGCCGAGUUUUUCGAGGUCACGCCGUCGUUUUACGUGGUGGAGGUGAAGAAAUCGGCGGGGGACACGCUGGAGUACCAGAAGUUCUGCAACCAGGACCUGAAGCCGUCGCUCAAGGAUAUCUGCUGGGCGUGGCAGGGCCCGGAUCAGCAGCAUCAGCGCCCGCCAUUGCCGGAAUCGCCACAGCUCCCGCCAUUGCCGGAAUCGCCCCGUACUUAGUCGUGAAGACCAAGUACUCCUAACCGAAUAUUACACUUCGUAUCCGGCCUUUUUAACUUUUGUUUCUUAAAAAAGAUUUUUUUUUUUCUUUUGAUUUCUUGAGCAAGCCAAGAAUCAUACACUAUAAUAAUUCCUUUUUCUCUCUUCAUUAGUAGAUGUGUACUAGGCAGAAGCCUAAGUUGUCGUAUAGGUCUAUCUCUCCAUCUCACUGUGAUGCAAUUUUCUGAUAUAUACGGUGCUAUUAGGUUUUUGACCUU